UGCGAACCUUUUUUUUCGCUCGACCCCAUCACCGCCUGUUUAUCACAGCUGCCACUGCGGGCAACCGCCUCUUCGCCACCGCAACAUACCAACCAAACAGCUUCAAGGCUCGAAAGUUAUCCAGCAACAACAUGUCCUGCAAAACCAUCAGCGCGGCAAAUGUCGCCGAGUCCUUCAUCUCCGAGCUUAAGCAACAGAUCACAGCCUUGGAAACGAAACCAUUACUCGUCGCGUUCCUUGCCAAUGAGGACCCCGCUGCCGCCAAAUAUGCCGAGUGGAGUGCAAAAACGUGUGCAGAGACCGGGCUGAGGUUCGAGUGUAGGCGAUGCCCACGAACGGAACUGGAGGACCGCCUCAUUGAAGCGAAUGAGGAUAAGAAUGUUCACGGGAUUAUGGUCUAUUAUCCCGUCUUUGGCGGAACACAGGAUGGAUACAUACAAAACAUCGUGAGCCCGCAAAAGGAUGUGGAAGGCCUCUGUUUCAAAUACAGAUAUAACAUGUACCACAACGUGCGAUACCUGGAUAAGGAAAAUACCAUCAAGUGCAUACUUCCAUGCACGCCAUUGGCAUUGGUCAAGAUCCUAGAAUACAUCGGCGCAUACAACAAGAUACUCAACUACGGCGACCGUCUCCACGGCAAGACCAUCACCAUCAUCAACCGAAGCGAGGUCGUAGGUCGUCCAUUGGCGGCUCUUCUCGCCAACGACGGCGCCAAGGUGUACUCAGUCGAUGUCGAUGGAAUCAUGGAGCUGCAUAGAGGACAAGGGUUGCAUCUGAAGAAGCAUGAGGUCUUCGAAACAGACUGCACCCUCCCCGAAGCCCUCUCCCGCUCCGACAUCGUCAUCACCGGCGUCCCGUCCCCCACCUACAAGCUCGAAACCGCACAACUCAAAGACGGCGUCAUCGCCGUCAACUUCUCCACCGCCAAAAACUUCCAGGACGAUAUCAAGGGCAAAGCGUCCAUAUACGUGCCCUCGGUCGGUAAAGUCACUGUUGCGAUGCUGCAGAGGAAUCUGUUACGGCUGUUUGAGUAUCAGACCAAGGUGAAGAUAUGAUGAGGAUCGUGGGUGGGACUGGUUCAUAUCAUAGACAUAAUAC